UGCAUGGCCAGCAGCACCUAUGGGAGUUGUUUCCCUGCUCUGUGGAGAUCCCAAGCGAGAUCAGUGAGAGUUUGCUCCCUGCAAGCUGGAUAAGUAAGAACUGGGUACAGAAUUCCCUUUCUCCAUUUUGGGAAAUCUCAGCCUUUUUCUUGUACUUGGAAACAUCCUCAGGUUGGRACUGAUACUGGGACUUGUUGGUCUACCAUCUUUGCCUUCUUCACAGGAGUCAGCCCCCAGGAUGCUGAGGCAGAUCUGGAGUCCCCCUUGUAGCUCCCCUGGCUCUCCCUCUGCCCUGGGACACAGCUGGCAAAGUGCUGGGUCCGGCAGGCUCUCUAGGUUCUGUGACUGCAGGUCUCCGCAGCUGCUGGCUUGUUUUGUAACUUGUUAUUGUGGCUCUGCAGGGUGAAUCAUAUUGCAGCACCUCCCAUGGCAACAGCCACCAUUGGGAGGAUGUCCGUGAUACACCCAUUCUCCAGCAGCUGUGUCCCUAAAGGAUGGCUGUAGGCACAGACACCAUUGUAGGCAAACAAGGAGAUGCUGAAACAGAGCUCCAGGGCACCCAUGAGAUCCCAUGGCUGAGAGCUUUCCAGGGCAACAGGGAAUACUGAGGGAGAAAUAAAGAAAUUUGUAGAUGGCAAAAUCUCCUUAAGCUUGUCCAACAGUGGCAGCUCAAAGUGUGGAUCUAUGGAACUCAUGGCAAAAGUAAUGACAUUUCUGUUUCCAGAGGCAGAUGAUGCUUCCCUGCRGCUGCACCAGGCAGAGGCGUAUGUGACACUGGGACAGUAUCCAGAGGCACCGGAGGACCUGGAUGUGGUGUGCAGGAUGAAGCGUGGAGAUAGUGAGAUCCUUGCACAGGAUGUCUCUCCUUGUCCAAGCUCAACUGAAGAGCUUCCAGCUGCUGCCCGUGAGGGCACAUGGAGCACAGGGGAAGAAGUAUCGAGUGCUGGAUUUGCACCCACAUCUGCACAAGAGCACRGUGAGGAUCGAGAGGGACCAAUGGAGAAUGGCAAAGGGGACACUAUCCCUAAGGGUGUCCAGUUGAUGCACAAUCUUUCCCCACUGGAGAGACAGCAAGACUCGGAUGCAGAGAACCAGGAAAGACAGUUGUCAGACAGUGAAGAGGAAGCAGCAGCAGCAGAUGACCAGCUGUACCUGGGGGACCUGCUGAGCCUCUCUGACCUGGAGUGCUCCCUCUGCAUCCGCUUGUUCUUUGAGCCUGUGACAACACCGUGUGGGCACACCUUCUGCAAGGAGUGCCUCGAACGCUGCCUGGACCACAGGCCCAACUGCCCCCUCUGCAAACAGAGCCUGAGGGAGUACCUAAAGGCUGGCAGUUACAACCCCAGUGUGCUGCUGCAGGAGAUCAUGCUGGCCGUGUUCCCUUCCGAGCUGGCCGAGCGGAGGGCGCUGCACCAGGCCGAGAUGGCAGAGCUCUCCAAUCUGACCAAGAACAUCCCCAUCUUUGUAUGCACGAUGUCCUUCCCAGGCGUCUCAUGCCCGCUGCAUGUCUUCGAGCCCCGCUACCGCCUCAUGAUGCGGCGAUGCCAGGAGACUGGCACCAGGAGGUUUGGCAUGUGCAUCUAUGAGAAUGGAAAGAGCUUUGCUGACUAUGGCUGCAUGCUGGAGAUUCAGCAGAUUGAGUUUCUGGCAGAUGGAAGAUCCUUGGUGGAUACGAUAGGGAGGCGGCGGUUCCGAGUGCUGAGACGGGGCCACAGGGAUGGCUACGACACUGCAGACAUUGAGUAUCUGGAGGACAAGAAGGUGGCUGGGGAGGAGCUGGAGGAGCUGCAGUGCCUGCAUGAGAGCACCUACCAUUUAGCUCAGAGGUUUUGUGAGCAUGGAGACAGUGCCUCCAGAUACACUUUGCAGCAUGGAUCCCUGCCRGAGAAGGAGGAUGACAUCCAGGCUUCUGCUGAUGGACCAACCUGGUGCUGGUGGCUCAUCUCCAUCCUGCCCCUCGACCYGUCCUACCAGCUGAUGCUCUUCUCCACGACGUCCCUGCGGGCCCGCCUGGCCCAGCUGCAGCGCAUCCUCACAGCACUGCUGCACCCCGGAGGGUCCCCGCUGCCCCUGCACGGCCCCCCCGGGCAGGUCUGAGCGACCUCAGGGUGCCUGCAGGGGACAGUGGCCACCCAGCUGGUCUCCUUACCUUUCUCCAUGGUUUUUGCACAGUUGUGUUGCCCCAGAGUGRCCUCAGUAGUGAGCGGGGCACCCGCUGGCCUGGGGCUGCGGGGCAGCAGGCAGCAAUUCCACACCGUCCACGUGAGCUGUGGGAGCCAUGGGCAUGCUGCACUGCCAGGGGUGACACCAGUGGGACCCACAAGCGGCAGCCCAGAAAACUGGGCUAUGUCCCAAGAACCAGAAUCCUUCCAUGAGCUGCUCUGGUGCCAAGGAGGGUACAGAAAUGAGUGCCAGGACCCCUUUGGUUUUGGCUGCUCCUGUUUGAAGAGCAAUGUAGCUUUCUAGUAAAGGGACCUGUUCUGUACUGCAGGAGAAAGAGGGUGUUUAGAAGCUUUGGAAAUGCUAUGUUGGAAUGAGCUGGAAUAUCCAACUUUUUCAGACCUCUGAAGCUGAAGGUUCAGCCUCCAUUUAUGAAUCUGACCUGGUGGUCUUUCAAACUAAAAUGAAGGAUAAAUUAAUCUGGAUCUCACAAUUCUUUUUAGUCUCCUUGGCCUUGCAGUGAAGCGAGGUAGCUCUAGAGGCAUCCCAGUCCGCACAUCCCUUCCUCUAGGUCUACUUAACUCCAUGCCUGCCUUUGUCAUGCUGGACUAGCAGGGAACAUCCCUCAUAUGGAGCUGCGUGGGGACAUUGGGGUUGUGUGGCCUGAGGAGACCUCAUCUUUAAGUGAUGUGGGAUGGUGCUAGUGCCUGCUCCCCUCCUCAGGUGGUGGUUGUGGGUCCUUGUUGGGCUCACACUGCACUUUUGGACCUGCUCUCAGGGAGGUGGGUUGAAGGAACCAGCCAUGUGGGAGAAUUAGGCCUGGAAGUGUUUUAGGGAAACCUUCUGCUCCUUUGUGAGCAUAGCUCUGUGCCCAAUAUUUCCUGGGCAGCAAAUGGGGCUCUGAGCAGCAGCUGGGCCUGGUCAGGAGCCCCCAAAACACUUCAGACUGAUACAAGUCAGGGGGCAAGUCUCUGG